AAACGCCACGCGACGUGGCGGCUAGCGGCAGAGCGGAAAGGAUUCGUGCUUAUGUGUGAUUAAGUAAGUAAAAGGUCAGGCGGGGCGCGCCCAGUGCUGGCCAGGUGAUUAUGCCCGGUGCUUCGCGUUGGGGUGCUGUCUCCCCGCUGCUGCUGCCACUCUGCAUCGAUACCAGCCAACUGCAGCAUCGGCACCGCCAGCAGGCAUGCGCGCCCGAGUGUACGUCGUACGGAACCUUGCUAGCCAACGGUAUAGCAAAAAGACUGUGCUUAAUUUCCUCGGUCUUUGUCGUAUCCGAUGGUCCGCUUGAAAAGGGAAGAGAAUAGCAAGUUGCUAGCAACCCUGCGCGCAUGCAUACCGCUAGCCGCGUGAGGUCGUCGUUGUGCUACCUGUCUACGCGUUUCGUCCUGUAUCGAGGAUGCCGCAUGUCCUCGGGCACCACAAUCCUUAGCACCGCAAAAGUCCGCAUUGAUAAUUGGUACGGAUUACAUCGGCCACACCGAAGUCGUACGCAAGCC